CGACGAUUCGAUGAUAUUGAACUCCAAUACACGGGGAAACGUGACAUUUGACGCCGACGUAUCAAGCAAUAAUACUACAAGGUUAAUUAUGGUUCCACAAUCAUUGUAUGUGUUGCGAUCAGAGACGCGUAUCGUAACUGGAGAAACAACUGUCACCCAAGGGAACACAACCAACGGCGAAAAUAAUUCGCAUAAUACGCCAUCACCAUUGGAAGCAAGCGAUGCGUCAUCGGCAUCAGCCAUGCCGAUUGUGGGAAGGACAACGGUUCCGUCCGUUCGGGAAGGUAACACAACUCACCAGGAAAACGAUACCCUUCAUGUAUUGAGCGUUUCUAACGUUGCAGGCGAGGGUCAAUUUGUCACGCCCACCGCGUCGACAGUGUCAACAAACAAGGCGGUGAUCCAAAAAAGUGCUACUGAUACGCAGAAUCAACAAAUAACCACCGUGUUAACAGCAGCAUCAUCAAUUGAGAACCAGCAAAUAACCACCGUGUCGACAACAGCAUCACCAACGGAGAACCAAACACUAACAACUGCGUCGACAACAGCAUCACCAACGACAACAUUUGCAACGACACAGCAACCGAAAGCAACGUGGAACAAGAAAGGCCGUAUCUGUGCACUGCUGCGAGGACAACGACUCCCUUUGCCGGCUUCAUGUCAAGACGCCGGCAUUGAGCCAUGGAACCGAUAAUGGAGGUGUAAUACCGGACUCUAUGUUUGUCUUGGCAACAUACUACCACAAUUGUGCGCAUAUCUGGAGUCAGAAACUCAUAACGUCGAACAUGCCAACUUAGUCCACUGUUUUCGUAUUUUAGUCAUACCGCUGUUUUCUCAGAAUGAAGAAGAACGAAUUAUGAAGUGUGAUAAUUAUAAGAACAUGUGUUUUAAAAAGUAUCUUUUUAUGUACAUGAUUGAUAAACUGCAUAGUAAUUUGUAAAAAAUAAUCGAGACUGAUUAUCUACAUGAGCGCUUAUAUUUAUUUGCAUUUAUUGUUUCAACAGUUUGCUUUCUA